AGCCAUACAUUGAAUGAGAGGCUAUCCAUAAUCUAAUCCUCUCUUAUUUUUUCUCCAGUCUGUCUUCUCUCAAACCACCCUUCUCUACUAGUAGUGCUGCUACACUCAACACAAGCACUACUACUAAUUGAAAGAGAAUUUCUGCUUUUGUCAGUGUGUUUAUUCCUACCAUAAUGGCCUCGGCUACCUUCUCUGUAGCCAAACCAUCUCUUCAGGCAAGUGGAAAGGGAUUUACAGAUUUCUCAGGCCUCCGCAGUUCAUCAGCUUUCCUUCCCUUUACGAAAAAGACAUCAGAUGACUUUGUUUCUGUCGUUGCUUUCCAGACCUCUGCAACUGGAAACAGCAGUGGAGGAUACAGAAAAAGUGCCGCAGAGGCAAAGAUAAAAGUGGCCAUAAACGGGUUUGGCAGGAUCGGCAGGAACUUCUUGAGGUGCUGGCAUGGACGCAAGGAUUCCCCUCUUGACGUCAUUGCCAUCAACGACACUGGUGGUGUUAAGCAGGCCUCCCACCUUCUCAAGUAUGACUCCACCCUUGGCAUCUUCGAUGCUGACGUUAAGCCUGUUGGUGAUAAUGCCAUCUCUGUUGAUGGCAAGGUCAUCAAGGUCGUUUCUAGCCGCAACCCUCUCGACCUUCCCUGGAAGGACAUGGAGGUCGACCUGGUGAUAGAAGGUACGGGGGUUUUCGUCGACAGGGAAGGUGCAGGGAAGCACAUCACAGCAGGGGCCAAGAAGGUGCUCAUCACAGCCCCUGGAAAGGGUGAUAUACCAACCUACGUUGUUGGAGUCAAUGCUGACGCCUACAACCCUGAUGAACCUAUCAUCAGCAAUGCUUCUUGCACCACUAACUGCCUUGCUCCCUUCGUCAAGGUCCUAGACCAGAAGUUUGGCAUCAUCAAGGGCACCAUGACUACCACUCACUCAUACACUGGAGAUCAGAGACUGCUUGAUGCUAGUCACCGUGAUCUCAGACGUGCAAGAGCUGCAGCUCUUAACAUUGUUCCAACAUCAACCGGUGCAGCAAAGGCAGUGGCCCUCGUCCUUCCCACUCUUAAGGGUAAACUUAACGGCAUUGCCCUGCGUGUUCCCACCCCAAAUGUCUCGGUGGUCGACCUUGUUGUCCAGGUCUCCAAGAAGACCUUCGCUGAAGAGGUGAAUGAAGGUUUUAGAGAGAGUGCUGAGAAGGAGCUCAAGGGUAUCCUAUCAGUCUGUGAUGAGCCACUUGUUUCAGUUGACUUCAGGUGCAGCGAUGUCUCCUCAACAGUCGAUUCAUCACUAACAAUGGUGAUGGGAGACGACAUGGUUAAGGUGAUUGCCUGGUAUGAUAACGAGUGGGGUUACUCCCAAAGGGUCGUGGAUUUGGCUGACAUUGUUGCCAAUCAAUGGAAGUAGACGUAAUGUGAUUUCUGAUUUUUGUAUAAUUAAUUAUUACUAUAUAUAUAUAAAUAUCAUUGUGGAACCAUUUUCUCCUUGCGGUUAA